AUGGCUACGAAAUUCUCUGACCUGCCUAAUAAUACGGCAUCCAAAUGGUGGAAGGAUCCUGGUAUGAGGACUGGCUUUGUCCAUAUCAUCACCCUUUACACCGCUGUCUACUCACUUGGUUACGAUGGUUCUCUACUCAAUGGACUUCAAGCCUUGACCGAAUGGAACCGUGACUUUAAUAAGCCCACCGGUACCAGACUUGGUCUGAUCGCCGCUAGUUAUUAUCUUCCCAAAAUUCCUCUCACGUUCUUGAUCGCUUGGAUGGUCGAUCGAUAUGGACGAAAGAUUGGUCUUUAUUUCGGUGCCUUGUUCAUGUUCGCUGGCGCGCUGUUGGGAGGCUUUGCUCAUUCCACUGCUCAACUCGUUGGUUCCCGUGUACUUUUGGGUUGCGGUACCGCCGCUGCUCAGGUGACCGCUGCAGCCUUGGUACCCGAGCUGGCUCACCCCCGUAUUCGACACUAUGCUGGUGGUUUCCUCAAUACAACCUACUACGUCGGAUCUAUUUUCGCCGCGUGGCUGACAUUCGCCAUGGUGUACUAUCCCGGUGGUUCCAGCUCAUGGGCUUGGCGAGUUCCAACCCUUGUGCAAGGUUUUGGCCCUCUAUUGCUUGGUCUUGGAGCUUGGUUCAUUCCUCAAUCCCCUCGAUGGCUCGUUAGGAAAGGCAAGGUUGAAGAAGCCCACAAGAUACUGGCCACAUAUCACGCGAACGGCAAGAUGGACGAUGAGCUUGUGCUUCUCGAGAUGAGAGAAAUCAAAGCGUCCGUGGAAUUAGAGAGACUCGCCGGAGAAUCCUCUUGGAUGAAUUGGUUCCAAACUAGAGGAAAUUUACGCCGAUUCUUUGUCAUCAUCAUUCUUGGUACCGCCACCCAAUGGGUUGGAAACGGUGUCGUGCAGUACUACUUGGUCCCUGUACUCAAGACUGUCGGUGUGACCAAACCAGCGCAAACCACGGGCGUCAACGGCGGUCUCGCGAUCUGGAAUUGGUUUAUUUCCAUGUUUGGAGCCAGUCUGGUGGAACGCUUUGGACGACGAAAUCUUUUCCUCACCUCGAUUAUUGGCAUGUUCUGUUCCUUCAUCAUGAUUCUCGGUCUCGCGGGUGGAUACAACACUACACACCACCAAGCGACUGGUGUGGCAAUGAUUCCCUUCAUCUUCAUUUUUAUGGGCUUCUACUCCCUCGCACUCACCCCUCUACCCAUGCUCUAUGUCCCCGAGAUAUGUCCACUGGCUCUCCGAGCCAAAGCUGCUGCUCUGCUCCUUUUAUCUCAAAACUGUGCUCAAUCCUUCAAUCAAUUUGCCAACCCUGUCGCUCUCAGUGCCAUCAGCUGGAAAUACUACGCUGUCUACGUCGCGGUAGACCUCAUCUACAUCGGGCUGUUCUGGUUUAUGCUCCGGGAGACCAAAGGUUUGACCACAGAGGAGGCCGCUGUCGUGUAUGAUCCAGAUCACAUCAAGGAAGCUAAUAAAGAAGCUGAAAAAAGGAUGCACGAGGAGGCUCUAAAAAUAGCUCAUGGCGAACAUAUGGACAAGAAAGGAGAUUUUGAAGAGGAAUUCAAAGCUUAG